AGUCGCUGUGGUCGGGGCUCGGGACCGGCUGCCAUCUUAGUCGAGGGACUGAGGAGUCGUCGCCGCCCCGAGUCCCGGUAACAUGCAUUUAACAGUGGCCUUCUGGAGACAACGCCUUAACCCAAAGAAGUGACUCCAGCUGUGAGAACUUCAGGUUUGCCGUCCUGUUGGUGGUAUGUCUGGCAGUGGAUCACAGCUGGGUUCAAUGGGUAGCCUGACCAUGAAAUCACAGCUUCAGAUCACUGUCAUUUCAGCAAAACUUAAAGAAAAUAAAAAGAAUUGGUUUGGACCAAGUCCUUAUGUGGAAGUCACAGUUGAUGGACAGUCAAAGAAGACAGAAAAAUGCAACAAUACGAACAGUCCCAAAUGGAAGCAACCCCUUACAGUUCUUACAGUUGAGGAAGUAGUUGUGACUUUACAGCUUAUAGGUGACAAAGAGCCAACAGAGACAAUGGGAGACUUGUCAGUUUGUCUUGAUGGGCUGCAGUUAGAGUCUGAAGUUGUUACUAAUGGUGAAACUACAUGUUCAGAAAGUGCUUCACAGAAUGAUGAUGGCUCUAGACCGAAGGAUGAAGCAAGUUGGGAGCAGAGAGUGGACCAGCAUGGGCGAGUUUACUACGUAGAUCAUAUUGAAAAAAGAACAACGUGGGAUAGACCAGAACCUCUACCUCCUGGCUGGGAACGGCGGGUUGACAACAUGGGACGUAUUUAUUAUGUUGACCAUUUCACAAGAACAACAACGUGGCAGAGGCCGACAUUGGAAUCUGUCCGGAACUAUGAACAGUGGCAACUCCAACGUAGUCAGCUUCAAGGAGCAAUGCAGCAAUUUAACCAGAGAUUCAUUUAUGGGAAUCAGGAUUUGUUUACUACAUCGCAAAAUAAAGAAUUUGAUCCCCUUGGUCCCCUGCCUCCUGGAUGGGAGAAGAGAACAGACAGCAAUGGUAGAGUAUAUUUUGUCAACCACAACACUCGUAUUACACAAUGGGAGGACCCCAGAAGUCAAGGUCAAUUAAAUGAAAAGCCCUUACCUGAAGGCUGGGAAAUGAGAUUCACAGUAGAUGGAAUUCCAUAUUUUGUGGACCACAAUAGAAGAACAACCACCUAUAUUGAUCCCCGCACUGGAAAAUCUGCUCUAGACAAUGGACCACAGAUAGCCUACGUACGGGACUUCAAGGCAAAGGUUCAGUAUUUCCGGUUCUGGUGUCAGCAACUGGCAAUGCCACAGCACAUAAAGAUUACAGUGACAAGAAAAACAUUGUUUGAAGAUUCCUUUCAGCAGAUAAUGAGCUUCAAUCCCCAAGAUCUGCGAAGACGUUUGUGGGUGAUUUUUCCAGGAGAAGAAGGUUUAGAUUAUGGAGGUGUAGCAAGAGAGAGGUUCUUUGUUUUGUCACACGAGGUGUUGAACCCCAUGUAUUGCCUGUUUGAAUAUGCAGGAAAGGAUAACUACUGCCUGCAGAUUAAUCCUGCUUCUUACAUCAAUCCAGAUCACCUGAAAUAUUUUCGUUUUAUUGGCAGGUUUAUUGCCAUGGCUUUGUUCCAUGGGAAAUUCAUAGACACAGGUUUUUCUUUGCCAUUCUAUAAGCGUAUAUUGAACAAACCAGUUGGACUCAAGGAUUUAGAAUCUAUUGAUCCAGAAUUUUACAAUUCUCUCAUCUGGGUUAAAGAAAACAAUAUUGAGGAACGUGGUUUGGAAAUGUACUUCUCUGUCGAUAAAGAAAUUUUAGGUGAAAUCAAGAGUCAUGAUUUGAAACCUAAUGGUGGCAAUAUUCUUGUGACAGAAGAAAAUAAAGAGGAAUAUAUCAGAAUGGUAGCUGAAUGGAGGUUGUCUCGAGGUGUUGAAGAACAGACACAAGCUUUCUUUGAGGGCUUUAAUGAAAUUCUUCCCCAGCAGUAUUUGCAAUACUUUGAUGCAAAGGAAUUAGAGGUCCUUUUAUGUGGAAUGCAAGAGAUUGAUUUGAAUGACUGGCAAAGACAUGCCAUCUACCGUCAUUACACUAGGACAAGCAAACAAAUCAUGUGGUUUUGGCAGUUUGUUAAAGAAAUUGAUAAUGAGAAGAGAAUGAGACUUCUGCAGUUUGUUACUGGAACUUGUCGAUUGCCAGUUGGAGGAUUUGCUGACCUCAUGGGGAGCAAUGGACCACAGAAAUUCUGCAUUGAAAAAGUUGGGAAAGAAAACUGGUUACCCAGAAGUCAUACCUGUUUUAACCGCCUGGACCUGCCACCCUACAAGAGCUAUGAGCAACUGAAGGAAAAGCUGUUAUUUGCCAUUGAAGAAACAGAAGGAUUUGGACAAGAGUAA